AACAACGAUCCGGAAACCCAACAAGCCCCUAGAGCAGGUCAUUCGUCGCUUGUCUGAAAAAAGGUUUAAGUCCAGUGAGUGUCUAAGUAUCGAGUCAGGCCUAACAAUGGAACAUUACAGUGGCCCUGUACCACCGCAUCUUACUGCCAUAAAACAAUUUAAAAGAAUGCAUGUUCAGAGGGUCAUCAUUCAGGUCUCAACAAGUGACAGUUGUGUGGAGUUAGUGGGGGGAAGGAUAGUGGUCAUCGAAAACAUCAUAGUUGACAACAAGGCAGAAGUGCACAUAGUGUUUAGGUCCUUCUCAAAGCUCUGCAACCUCUUUGACUACCCACUCGAGUCAUCUGAAGUUGGCAUCUACCAUCUGUCUGCCCUGACACCUCAACUGCAUCACACUCUAGCUGCACACAUAGAGAGAAAAUAUGUCCUCCUUCCAGUUAAGGAUGGCUUUGCUGGGCUACCAAUGUUGCAUCAGUAGGAUUGCUGUUUUUUAUGUUGGUGUAAGUGUUCAAAUCACAAUUUUGUUCAGGUGAUAUAUUCAGGUUUCCCAUCUCAUUUAGGAAAUGCUGUAGCUGUAGGAAUUGAUUAUUAAGAUGCCUUGGCAAGCCCACUUAAGUGUAACUAUUUCUUCUUUCCACAGAAAUGUAUGUAGUCGUUUCCUUCCCCGCGGAGGGCUUGUUUUUUGUGGUGCCUGUUUCAUGGCUCAUAGAAGAUAAAUGUUACUGGCCUCCCUUUAAAACGCUGGACAAGGUAAAAAAGGCUGCCCUACAAAAUGAAACCCCUGACCCCAACUGUUGGACACUUCAUCCAGUUGAGGUGCUUAAAGUUAAAGACACAUACGAAAAGGCCCACGGCCACUACCUUAAAGCAAAAAGAGGAGAGAAGCUGGAGACAGAUGAGGAGACCAUGAAAAGAAAAAGAAAGCCAAACAUGAAAUUCAUCCAAUCCAGUGAUGAAGAAGAUGACCGUCCCUAUUUCCCUCCGGCUCCAAAAAUUCGGCGACUGCCAGAGAAAAUUUCUGUACCAAAUUCAGAGUUUACCAGUCAGGCACCACAGGUCCCAACCACCACCACCCUGCCUCUACCACCACCACCACAACUCCCACCUCUACCACCACUACCGCAGCGCCCACCCAGCCAUGAAGUGUACAGUCAAUCACACAGAACCCCUUCAGUCACCAGGACCAGUACUUACCCUGCAGUGUUGUCCAACCAAGCAGCCAGUCCCCCGUUGGAAACCUCACAUCUUUUUCUGACAUCCAGCCAUGGAGAGUUUACCAGUCAGGCACCACAGCUCCCCACCACCACCACCCUGCCUCUACCACCACCAUCACCUCUACCACCACUACCACAGCUUCCAACGAUUUCACCUCUGCCAGCACCACCACAGCUUCCAUCGAAGUCACCUCUUUUUCGAACAUCCAGCCAUGGAGAGUUUACCAGUCAGGCACAGCAUCAUCCAUCAAAUCAGCAAAUCAGCAUCCAGCAAGAUUUUUGCAGACUUGUUCUGCAGCACCUCCGGACGAUUGAGGAGGAGGUUAAGGAGGUUAAGCAGCAGGUGGCUGCAAAUACGGCCAUUCUGCAGAAGCUAGGGGGUGCUGGUGUGGCAGACCUUUGCCUCGUCCAGGAAACCAACAUGCCCCUCAGUAACCUGGAGGAACUGGAGGAGCUGGAGAGGCAGCUUGGGUCUGACAUUGACCUGAAAAACCAACUGGUGAACAUACUUGCUGUUUUGGGGGGGAAAACCACCAAAGACGCGGUGAAGAGGAUGUUGGGCCGUAUUUUGAGGAAGUCCCUGGCGCUUCAAAUAAAUUGGACUGGUGCUGGAGGAAAGGUGGCAUUCAAGUCUUUACACCUGAAGAAUGUGUUACACAGAGCUGUUAGGAGAGUGGUGCACACAGCAACAGAAGAGGACCUGCAAAAAGAAGUUGCGAAGUACCUAAAGGGGGCGGCUGACCGAGAGGGAGGGAGAAAAGACAGGCAGAAAAAAGUGGGCAAUGGGGAGAUGGGGGAAUAUUUGAACUAGUCAUUUUAUAUUUAUGUAUUAUAUAUUUAUUAUAAAUUGUUCAUAUUUAUUUAUUUACUUACUUCAAACUGUAAAAACAUAAAAAAAAUAUUGAACCUGGCUGAUCUUUAAAUGUGACGUUGUUAAUUGUUAUUUAUUUGUUUGUUUAUUUAUUUAUUUAAAACCGUAGACACAUUGAAAAAACAAAAAUGUAUUGAACCUGGCUGGUCUUUAAAUGUGAUAUUAUAAAUUAUUAAUUGUUAUUUAGUUAUUUAUUUAUUCAUAUAAAAACCGUUAACACAUUAAAAAUAAACAAAAUGUAUUGAA